AUGCCUGAGAACUCGAACAAACCAGCGGUGUUCCACGAGAUCGCUGUCACCAAAGACGAUAUCCUCAACUGCUCAUAUGAGAACUGGUAUUCGCUUUUUGGAGCGCACGCCUACUCGCGAGCUAUAAUGUUGCCUGUGCCCGACGAAUUCAUAGACUAUCUGGAGAGUGAUGAUUUCACGAUCCCGGGCGAAAAGUCAAAGCCAAACGCGCAGAAUGAUUCUGAUUGGGACUAUACGCCUCCAAGUCGGCCUGAUCCAGCUUGCCGUUUCUUGGAAUUUCACCGCAGGAUCCAGGAAACGUUCAAGUCUUUCAAACACAUUGCCCCGAAACUCAACUGGUCAGCCCCUCAGGAUUCAGUAUGGAUGCUUCCUGGACGAACAAUGAAGUGUUCUUCAUCCUCAGACAUAUACCUACUGCUUAAAUCCUCUGAUUACAUCAAUCACGACCUGAGCCACGCAUUCGAUGAAGCUGACUCUGUGCCCGACAAAAUACAGUAUUAUUUGAUUCUACGAGAAUGGAAAGAGAUCAAUCCCUCGCUGGAGUUUAGAUGUUUUGUGCGCGAUCGACAAUUGUUGGGCAUCUCUCAGCGGGACCUGAACUAUUAUCCUUUUUUGGACGAUCUUCAUGAUACCAUAAUUGAAAGAAUAUCAGCCUUCUUUGACGACGUUCUACUCCCAAAGUUUGGAUCAAAUAGCUUUGCCUUUGACGUUUAUCUCCCAAAGCCGUUUACGAAAGUGUAUCUGGUUGACAUCAAUCCAUUUGCGAGGAAAACGGAUUCAUUGUUGUUCACCUGGAACGAAUUGGCCACCAUGGCGCCUCAUGACGACGAAGUCGCUGUUCGUCUUGUGACUCAACAUAACUCAGGAAGGUUUGCCACUAAGGCCCAUUCACAUAACCAUGUGCCUAGAGACGUACUUGAUGCCUCAAUGGAUUCAUCAAAGAUGGUGGAAAUGCUCCAAAACUGGUCUGCCAUGCUAUCGAAAGAGAACGAAGACACAGAGGAAAGUGAGUAA